AUGGGAAUUCAACGUCAACUACCCACAUCGUCAAUGUAUCCGCCUGCUCUUCUGGCUCAAAUGUUUCAGCCGUAUUUUAACGGCGUAUUCCCUCCACCUGAGGUCGCAUUUCACUUCAUGAGCCAACAACAACAGUCCACUUCGGGCCAGGCCCAGCCGACAGCUGCCUUGUCUGUGGCCACGGCCGGCUUACUAAGCGAAGGCUUCAAUUCAACCCAUCCUACUGAGGAUGCGGUAGUCACCAGGGAUUCUGGUAACGAAACUUUGAGUUAUGCUGGUUCUCCACCGCUUUCUGGAACUUCGUCGAACGAGUCCUCAAGAUCAAAUUCCUUCUCCGUGUCGGCACUGCUGAAAACGGAAUUGGUCCACAAAGCCAAACCUGUUUUGUCACCUACCCAAGAGGAGCCCAAGGCCUUUUAUCGUCUCCAUCAGUUUCCCACCCAAGACCGUCCCCGCAGGGUCAGGCUCCAUCGUCACAAAUCCAAGCUCCAACACCGAUUAAAGCUCCGGCUCCUCAACCACCAAGGAAUGCCACCACCGAAUUUCCAUCAUCAUCUUCAAAUGGGAAACUUCCAAUUUCCACAUUCAUCAGCACCUGGCCCACUCGGACAACUCACGAACUUCGGUUUCCCGCCAGGAACUCAAGGGUCUCUGACCCCGCAACGACCUCCACCACAGUCCGCCAAUUACCAGGACCACUUCAGGAUGCAGCCAUUCUUCACGAUGGGUAUGCCUGUAGGAGACACUUCGAGCCAGCGUGAUGUCUGUGUCGUAUGUCACGAUAACGCCAGCGGAUAUCACUACGGAGUAAUGAGCUGUGAAGGAUGCAAGGGUUUCUUCCGUCGUACUGUGCAGAAAAAUAUGGAGUACACUUGUCACAAGGAGAAGAGUUGUCCAGUGGAUCGAGUCAGUCGAAAUCGUUGUCAAGCGUGCCGUUUUCAGAAAUGCCUUGAUAAGGGCAUGUCAAAGGAGUCUGUUCGGCAAGAUCGUACUCGAAAACGCAAAACCCGCGAUGACGAUAAGGAUGUUGAGUUGGAUGAGACCAGAGCGAUGAUGAGAAUCGUCGAGGAAGUCACACAGGCCUACCGCGAGGCAUUCGGUGAAGGACUUGUCAUUCAAAAUCCGGAGGAUGUGUUACAAAGAAUUGGACAUUUCGUCUCGAAAAUCUCAUUAUUCAAAGAAUACUCCGAGGACGCAUUGGCAGCAAAGAUUCGGCAAGGCGCUAAAGGAUGCAUGCUUCUCCGAAGCGCAUUUUCUGGUGACGACUCUCCAGUGACGUCGGCUGCCAGCCCGGCAUUAGUGGAAAGGCUACGUAGCGGCCUUGGCCAUGUUGGACUAGAAGAGCUCGCGUUACUCAGUGCCGUACACAUCGCGCAGCCGGACGGAGUUCACGGAAGUGACAAUGUUUCCCUUAAACUCACAGAAUGUCUCCAGGCCCAAGUUCGUCUGAAUAAUCCGGAAAAGGAAAACUCGAGUAAAUUUACUCGAAUGCUUUUUAAGUUACCGCUUCUUGAUGCAUCAUGA